GCACAAGGCAACGAACACAAAAUAAAAACACCAAAAAAAUGGUUCACAAAGAUACGAGGAUUGGUAAAACAGAGAAAGGAAGAGGAAGGCUCGUUUUAUUUGCAAUUCAAACACUUUGUGCCUUUUUUCUCUUUAGUUUGCUUUACACAGAAUUGAGCUUUAAGGGUACUACCACUUCUCAACAGAUAAAACUGGAUAUUAUGAUUACAGGAAGGCAAAUUAUAUCAGAUUGGAAACCUGAUGAUAUCAGUAACGCAGUUAAGAAGGAGACGAGUCCUGAAGUUAAGAAGAAUAUGAGUGCUGCUGUUAAGAAGAAUGAUCGUAACCAAUCUCUUCAAUUUCUUUUAACAAGACUAGUCGGAGGUGAAGAUCGAAUAAAGCUUGAUUCAACAGGCUUCGCCUGUGAUAAAAGUUUAUCAUCAGUAAUCUGUGUAGCCAACAAAGCUGUGAAAAUCGACAUGAGCAAAAACCAAGUCCACCUUCAGCCGCCGGACACACCAGCCGCCGGAAACACCACCACCGUCGUCCGGCCUUAUGCAAUGCAAGAAAGUCCAUACGUAAUGAACUACAUUACUCCGGUAACAAUCACAACCACAACCACCGACCCAGCACCACUGACUUGCGAUCAUAACCACCAACACCCCGCCGUGAUCUUCUCAACCGGCGGAUACACCGGAAACCUAUUCCACGAAUUCAACGAAAACAUUAUUCCUCUGUACAUAACCACUCGCCUUUUCAGAUCUAAAGUACACUUCGUCGUCGUCGAUCACAAACCUUCAUUCCUUCAAAAAUACAGACGAGUGUUUCCACGUCUCUCCGAUCACGAAAUCAUAAAUCCAGCAACGGAUUCAAGCGUCCAUUGCUUUCCCGGAGCUGUAAUCGGUUUAAAAUUCCACAAAUUUAUAGGCAUAAACACAUCAGAAAACCCAACUGAUUACUACUCAAUGCCAGAUUUCCGACAAUUCAUCAGACAAACAUAUAAAUUGAAAACAAAAACCGUUUUCGAAACACAGAAUCCACCUGUAUUGCUUUUAAUUUCUCGCCAGAAAACAAGAAAGUUCCUAAAUCAAGCGGAGAUGGUGCAAAUGAUGGAAGAACUAGGGUUUCGAGUGAUCAUCGCUAGCAACGAUAAGGAGAUGUCGAACGUUGAGAAAUUUUCGCGUGUGAUAAACUCUUGUAGUGUUAUGGUGGGGGCUCAUGGAGCAGGGUUAGCUAACGAAAUCUUUCUUCCUGAUGGAGGUGUUAUGAUACAGGUGAGACCACUGGGGUUUCAGUAUGGGACUGAUGCUUUUUAUAGCGAACCCGGUCCAGGGAUGGGUUUGAGGUAUUUGGAGUAUUUGAUUGAACCGGUGGAGAGCUCGUUGGCGGAGGUGUAUGGUCUUGAUCAUCCGGUGGUGGCGGAUACGGCGUCUGUGGCGGCGAAAGGAGGAUACGCCGCCGCAAGGGAAAUAUAUUUGAAUAAGCAGGAUUUGAGAAUAAAUUUGAAUAGAUUUAGAGCAACUUUAGUUGAAGCUUUGGGGUUUAUAGGACGUCAUUCAGACGUUGCAAACGCUCGAUGAUUCUUAGAAUUUGUAGUUCUUUUAUUGUUUUUAUUUUUGGAAUAUUUUCAAUUUUAUCGUACAAAAAUAGAUCAGGUGCCAUCAAGUAAAAUA